UGAAUAUUGGCGACAUUGGCGUUAGUUUAUAGCGUUAAAAAUUCGGAAAGCUGGAAAAAAAUACAUAAGUAUGGAAAAUCAUGUUUCCUUACGACAGCUUUUCGUGUUAGCUAUAUAACAAGUGAUAACAAUGUGAUGUUAGUGCAAAAUCUAGGUGCUAAAAAGUUGUAUGGAUUUGGGAUCACAUACUUUUGGAUAUGAUUACCGGACUUUUUGUUAAUUUUUCGGCUUAAUGGUGGGAUUUAAAUAUAAUUCAGUGUUCAUAGACUGUCCAGUCGCAGGGAAAUGUCCGAAAACAUUGAUGAACUGCGGAAUAUGCUUAUUACCUUCAGGGUAUCAGAGCUGCAGAUGCUAUUAGGUUUUGCUGGCAGAAACAAGUCUGGACGCAAGAACGAACUCCAACAAAGAGCACUGGAGUUGUUAAGAGUGAGGUCUCAUCCCAUUCACCAAAAAAUCAGAGAUUUAUACAAGACUAUACAGCAAAGUGGAAGUUUAACAAAUCAACCACCUUCAAGUCCUUCUCCUGAACUGUCGAAUGCUCAAGUGACCAACAUGCCCCAAAAUCAAGGAGUCCCUAGAACUACUGCCACAGUUCAUCCCUAUGUGACCCGGCAGACGCCGAUGUACCAGCAACCAGCCACCCUCUACCCCUACCCAUCACAAUACGCAGCUGCCGCCGCCGCUGCUGCUGCAGCUCAGCAACAGCAACCCCUGUUGGCCAAUCAGUACCCCGUUCACCCCGAUGUUAAGUUCCGUCGACUACCCUUCUAUGACAUUCUGGCCGAUCUGUUGAAACCGUCAUCGCUGGUACCGCAGACGAACCAGCGCAUGCAGGAGGGUACUUUCUACUUUCAUCUAACGCCGCAGCAAGCUACGGAUAUAGCCAGUUCCAGGGAUAUCAGGCCGGGGGUCAAGAAUGACUAUAUCAAACAGGUCCAAAUGAGAUUUUGUUUAUUGGAAACAACGUGUGAACAAGAAGACUACUUUCCUCCAAAUGUGAUUGUUAAAGUCAAUAAUAAAUUAUGUCCUCUACCAAACCCGAUCCCGACAAACAAACCCGGCGUUGAACCAAAGAGGCCUCCACGUCCAGUGAACAUAACCCAAAUGGUGAAACUGAGCCCCACUGUGGCAAACACCAUUUCAGUCUCGUGGGCGACGGAUUACACUCGAGGUUAUGCCAUCUCUGUGUCGCUGGUGCACAAACUGACCUCUUCUGAUCUAUUGCAAAGGCUCAAGAAUAAAGGGAUGAAGCAUGCUGAUCAUACUAGAGCUUUAAUCAAGGAGAAGUUGAGCGACGACGGAGACUGCGAGAUCGCCACAACGUCCCUCCGUGUCAGCCUGACCUGUCCACUAGGAAAAAUGCGUAUGACCACUCCAUGUCGGUCUGCCACUUGUUCUCAUUUGCAAUGCUUCGACGCAUCCCUCUACUUACAGAUGAACGAACGGAAGCCCACCUGGAACUGUCCUGUUUGCGACAAGCCUUCAUUAUACGACAAUCUGGUUAUUGACGGAUAUUUCCAAGAUGUGUUGAAUUCGCCUGUCUUACCAUCAGACUGCAACGAAAUUCAGCUGAAUAAGGACGGUUCUUGGAGUGUCCAACAACCAGAGAAGAAAGUCGCGGCUAAAGUUGAGAAAACUACUUCUAUCAAUCUGGACGAUUCAGUGGUUGAGAUCAUUGGUGAUGAUGUUGAAAUUGUGAAUCCCAGCAAUGGAAACAACACAGCUACCUCCACAACGGACAAAACCAAAGAUGCAGAACCCAAAAAGGCUGAUACUGUUGACCUCACCCUGUCAGACUCUGAUGAUGAUGAACCGCUAGCAAAGAGGAGAGCUCUCAAUCCCAAACCAGAUUCGACGGGCAUUACGUCAUCCACCGCCACAUCUGCCAAUAACCGAGCCGCUACCACCCCUGGACCAUCGUCGGUAUCUUCAUCUGGAUACCCAGCCAGCCCUUCGAUCAUCAAUCUCGACAGCCCGUCGCCACCUAGAUCGCCCAGGACUCAACAAGCUACCUCAGUAACCCAGCAGCAACAACCUGCUUCCUGUAUGGUCCAGGCGCAGCAACAACAGCUACAGAGCAACGGCAAAGCACCCCAACAACAACAGACACAACAACCAGCUUAUGUAUCAGCAGAGAACAGCAUGCCGUACUUAGAUCUGGAGAACGAGGCGGCCAGUGCAGCCGGGAUGAACUAUUCUGCGGGUUACUGAUGGAGUGAGUGCGAGGACAGCGCGAUGGCGGAUUACAAUACAGGAAUGCUGUUUGCUGAUUGGUUGGUGCAGUGAAGUGUACAUGCAGUGAUUUGUGAACAUGUGGUUUCCGGUGAGGAGUGGGAUGGAAUUAUAGAAUAUGAUGGUGUGUGGUUGUCGUCAAGGUCAAAUUAAAACGAUGCGACGAUCUCAGGUUUCUUCAUAUUGGCCGUUUUUAGAAAUAUACAGGCUUAAAAUGAGAUGAGGCAGAAUCGCGAAUGUAAUUGAAUUGGUGAGAUGAAAAACGGUUCAUGUCCCAAAUUGUACUUUUGAGAAAUAAAAACCAUAUAGAUUUAAAACUGUUUCAGAUAGCAUGUUUACUUGCACAGGUAAGUUCUAGCUCUCAUUAUUUCUGAACCAGUUAGGCACUUAUUAUUUUGAAAUAAGGUCACUUAUUGAGUAAGGCCUACAAAGGUUAGUGGACUUGUACUGUUUUUCAACUCAAGCAAAAAAAAGUGAGAAAUUGGCGAAAUUAUACUACAAAACCAAGACAAAAUUAUUUAUCAAGUAUAACAAAACUAGGGAUCCUCUUCAACCUUGGUAGUACACCAUGAAGUAACAUGAUAAUAAAAUUCCAAGGUUUCUCCUGUUAUAUGUUGCAUCACCUUUCUCAUGUCAUCAAUCUAUUCCUUAUUUAUUGGAACAGGUGUUUUAUAAGCCUUUUUAUUGGAAACGACCGGAUUUGCUUAAUUCUGUUUCAAAAGUUUAAAAGUGUAUGAAGAUGAAACAUUUAUAUAAUCCCAUAACCACGGGUGUCAUUAUAUAGAAACUGCCUAUAGUUUGAAAUGCUAGUUUCUUUUUUAGCAUCGCUUUCGCCUAUAGAAGUACAAAUAGUUUUCUUGUAGUGUAAAGACCACCAAUUUUUGAAGUCAACUAUGUCAGAUGGUCAAAUUUGCUGAACAGUGGAUGGUGACGUUGGACCGAAUCAUCUCAUUGUAAUCUUCAUAAGUGUAUAAUCCUGUCGUGUCUCCUGAAAACCCGCUUAACAGUGCCAAAAUCACGCUCGCAAGGUAAAAACGAAUGCCCACGCACAGAAAAAUAGCGAUACAUUUUUUUUAAAACAGCUAGUUGCCUGUUGUGCAAGCAGGAAUCGGAUCUUUGUGUGGUAACGGUCUGGGCAACUGUCAGAAAACAAGUGCAACUCUGUUAUCUCAUUAGGAAGAUAGUUGUCUGUAUAGUCCUUGAGGAAAGUGCAAACUUCGUCGGGUCCUUUGUGUGCAUGUCCUUCAUGGUAGGUGUAAAAAUGCCCUGGAUUGUUUUAAAGAUUAUGCACUUCAAAGCCGUAAGUCCAUAAUAACUGUCAAUAAUAAAAUAUCUCUUGCACUGGAAUCUGCGGAAGAGGCAGGUGUUGGAUGUAGCAAAAUGUCAGUCCCAUAACUUCUUUUUGACUUUUACACUUUUCUGCAACUUCUUUUAGUUUUGUUAUGUAAAUGCCAAUGCAUUAUGACAGUGUGUUGAAUAACAGUACAAGUCCGCACUAGUACUGUUUUUCUACUCAGUGAAAAGUAGCAUGUUCGGGUCUACAAUAGAACGGGAUGUACAAUGAACUGUUUGCACACUUAGUCAAUAGGAAAGCAAAUUUAAAGGCCUCAAAUUUUUUGACUUGUACUGUUUUCCAACUCACCGAUUCAAUUUCAGUUUAUAUGAGAGUUGAUUUUGGGCAUACAGAAACUAGGGCUGCCUUGAAGCAAGCUCAAUCUGGAAGACCACUUUUCAGUCACUAUCUAAAGCACUUUCUAUGUUGUAAUAACUCGGAGUUGACUUCUAAAUAUUCUACUGCACCUGGUUCAUUCACAUAGACAGAUCCACACAAAAUAAUCUUGCUACAAUCGGUUCACGUUUAUUUCAAUAAACUAAACGAAGAGAGCGAAAAAUUAGCGAAUCAUGGCUUUAGAAGCAAACAUUCGUGUUAAUACAACAAUUAUAAAUCCCGUAAUUCUCAUUGUCAUUUUGUAAGUAUAUUUUCUAUCUGCAUAUCAGAAUUUAGCUUGAUAGCAAAUAUAUCUAUGACAUAUAUAUUCAUAUAAAAAAUGAAUCAGUUGUUUAUGUUGAGGAGAUGUUAGAUGUGAAGCUUAAAAACUACUAAAUAAAGUGAUUGGCAUUUAUAGUGAAUGAUAUGGAAGGAUAAUUCUGAAAUCAUGUAAGAACUAUAACAUUAUGGAUCACCAUCAAAGCACUUAUUGAUCUGUGGUUCAUUUGACUUAAAAAAUAAACAAGACUGGACAGCGAAGUAAGGAUGGAAGACCUUUUAUUUUUAAAACCAAAAACAAUUUGUUUAUAUACAACGUAUUUUAGUUGGAUUGUAGACCUAAUUACAUUCAAACCAACUUAGAUGGCAUUCUUUAGGGACUAAUGAAAGGGCAUUUAUGAAAACUUGAUAUUUUCAUAAUACAUAUUGUAUAUAUAUCAUUAAUAUCAAAUACGUUGGUUAAUGCAUUCUACCUGAAGAUGGCCAACCUAAAAAUAUGUAUAUCCCAGCGUUAAUUAAAACAUUAUCAUAGAUAAAAUGAGGUAGUGUAGUGUCAUCUCCUCACUGCACUAAUUAGAAAUCUACUUUGAAAAGGUUAGCGUCUCGUAGACGGCGUUGUAGCCAAAUAUAUGCUUCAUGCUAAUACAAUACACUAACAUUUUCAAAGCUAUUUUCAAUUAGAGCAUGGAGCCUAUAUACCAGAAGAAAUUAAGGCACUGCUCUCCAUGCUGUAAGAAGUCCCCGAAACUUGACGCCUGGAGAACUAGUGGUGCUUUGACACACACUGAAAACCAAAUACUGCUGACGUCGUAAUGUCUACGAGAGAGAAGCGCGCAAUAUGUGUGUUAGAAAGAGAUAUAAGCACCUCGUUGCCUAGCAACCGUGUACGAGGUCACGGAAGCCAUCGGCGCACUCUUUCCAACAUACUAUCGCGCUUCUCUCGCGUACGUCGUCAUCCAAAUUUGAAUCUCACCAUAUAAUGUUCUUGGGGAUAUCACACGUUUCGUAAAUAGAAAGCGUCCCGCCGCUCCUUGAACCUACCACUUUAUAUUAAUUACUGUGAUUUGGGUAUUUUUUUGAAAUAGUAGAAAUUCUGAGGGAUUUUUGUGCUUGUUUUGGGGAACUUCUGUGGAACCCAUUUGGCAACGCUGUGCUUUGACAGAUCCGCCAUAUGACGAUUUUCCUUAGUGUAAGAUCCGGCCACUUGAACCUGCAGGUAUCUGUUUUUGAUAAAACUUGAUUGAUAAAUAAUAGUAGAAAAUAUUUGCCAGGCAACCCUGCUAUUAUUUAUAUUUAUCAAAAGUAGGUUUUAUAGAAAAAAAAACAGAUACCUGCAGUUACAUCGAACUACAACGUGAGAUACCCUGCGCAUGCGCAGUAGUUGGUACUCGCUUGGAUCAGUAGUCAGGUCUCAAGUUUUGGGGUUGCUUUUUACUCAUUUCGCCGAUUCUUCUGGUAUUGUAGACAACAACGAUAUUGUAUUCGUUUACAUUUUUGACCGAUAGUCAUAAAACGGCUAUAAAACCGAGAACCGAAGACAUGAGGGCAGAGACGGAUCUGAAAAUUUUCAAACAUUUUCUCUCGCAAGUCUGGAUGAGUUGUUGAAGUAUCGUCGAUUGUUAUUGUAAUUAAUUAUCCUGACAUUAGUUAAAAAUUCAUACUAUUAACCAAAAUAUACAUAUGUAUAUCUGAUGGUAACAAUGUCAAAGAGGUAAAGUUACUUACCUAAUUUGCUAUGUUGAGGGGCCUUCUUUGAGAAACACGCACAUCAAGAUCAUUCAUCUAAAUACAUUUUCAUUUCACUUUCAGACUUCUUUAUUUAAAAAAUGUCCUACAACUUAAUCCUCUUCUUCCGUCAAUGAUGACGUCAAUAAUGAACUUCGCGUUGCCCAUUUGGUGAAUCUUAUGUCAGUCUUUAUAUUCAUUUUCAAUUUGUAGGAUGGUUCUCUUCCAAGACAAUUCAGUGAUCUGGCCUGCCUCUGAUCUGAUUAGGUUGGCUACUGAAUGGUAGCUGGCAUUAUCCAAGACAAUGAUACUUCCAGGUUUCAUAUUUGGCAGCAAUCUGGUGGAAAACCAUUCCUCAAACAUCUCAGCAUCCCUAUUCUCAUGGUAGUCCAGCUUGCAAUCCGCUAUUUUCUUGCCAGAUAACAAUAGCGCAUUUUGAACCCAACCACCUGCGGAGCCACGAUGCAGCAUGACCAUCCGAGAUCCUUUAUUUGGUGAUACACCUUUCAACUGACAUUUUGUGGAUAAGUCGGUCCGCCCCUUUUUUGCUGUAUCAUGUGUAUCGUACGUUUCAUUGGCCUACUUUCUUCCCUAUAUUCUCUAAUCUUUUCUAAGUAAGCCUGUCGCCAUUGCACUAUGCGCUUUUACUUUCCAAGACUGCAGAACUCUUGUUGAUAACUCCAACUUUGAAUCCGACCUUUGGCAGCCACUUCUGAAAUGUCCGCUGGUAACAACUCUCGGCUCUUUCCAUCAAUUCUCGAUAUACCAUCUCUGCUGUGGGAAUUUCAUUACACUUAUAAUGAUCAUACGCUAUGUUCCUUAUUUUGGCAGUUGUUGCUGCACUUAAAGGUAUAGAUGUCCCCUUGUCAAUUCUUAUUUUUCUUGGUGUGACACUGUUACGAAUAAUUUUAAAAAUUGUAGGAUAUGGCACGUUAGUCAGUUCGGCUAUCACCCAUUUCACGUAACAGUCCAUUAUAAACAUUAAUUCAAAUCUGUUGAGCAUCAACAGACAGGCACUUCUUUUUAGAAAUACGACGGUAGUCCUGUCAAUGCUUCCCUCGUUACUACUAUCAGUAUCAUGCGCACUGACAGUAUCACUGUCUGGAAAGUCUUUACUGCAAGAUGGCUUUCCAUCAUUCAUAGUGCCUUUGUAUACAUAAUUUUCGAUGUCCAUGGGCCGCUGACCUGCCUGAACAGAUCGUUCCCAAGGGCGGAAAAAAUUCGUAUCAAACAUGAUUAUUAUUCAAGACGUCGUCCGUCAACCUCAAUUUUCUGCAUAGAACUGAAAAUAUAUUCCCCAGUAUCGCUUUGUUGCAUCGCGCUAGUUCACCUGCGCGCAGGGCUCGGAAGGAGGGUGGAGGAGGUCAGGUCUUCAUAGCGCAAUCAGAUUAUGCGAACUUGUUGCUGUGACAGUAUCGACACAAUGCGAUUUUUUAGAUUCGCUACAUUCAAACCAAUUGUAUCGAACUAUUGGAGCUUUUUAGGUUAUCGCACACUGCUCAAAUGUAUUAUUUAUAUAGAUGAACCAGAUUCCAUUAUUAUUUAUACCGUAUCAUAUAAUGACCGUACUAUAUGGCGGGUCAGUAACUGACGGAAGCAGAAAAAAUGUAAACGAAUAUAAUAUCGUUGUCGUCUACUAUAUAUAGCCCCAUGGUGGAGACGAGAAACAGCUGUGACAAAUUCUCAUACAUAACGUUACGGUAUGUCGGAUAACUUUUAGGACACGGGAAUGCGGUAUUAGGUUACCUAUCUGAAUACUGUAAUUUUUACAUAUGAACAGUAUUUUUUAGAACUUCGGUGUCUCUUAACACAAAUAAUCCUAAAAGUGUAAACAUAAGCCUCAUUUUACAUUUUACAUUGAUUAUGUUAAUUUGAAUGAAGCAAGGGAUUGAAACUCAUGGAGUGGAUAUAAACACAGUGAUGCACUAUAUGCACGAUACUUGAAGUUGAAACAUUAGAUGGAGUGGUUGUUUUCAAAACUACCUUGUGGUAAUGGAUGGUAAUCUGGAAAGCUAGAAGUGAAGACUAGUUAGGCUGGCGAUCAUGUCUAAAGUUAGACGUCAAGACGUGAUGAAGUAUCGUGGAAAAUAGGUUACCUUUCAGAUACGUCUUUUCCCCAUCUACUCUUGGCAGUUUGACCUCCAAACUCUAGCGCCACACAGCGGGACUAAAAUUGGACAUCACUGCCAUUAGAGGGUACCUCAUCCAAAGUGUACUGGAGUACCUGAUUUCACACUGUAUUGGUAUCGAAUUCACCAAUGAGUGCUGGCCUGUCCACCUGUUGCUGAGAAAUCAUGUGAAUUUGCUUAUGGUUUACUCUACCGUAGAUUUAACCGGGUAUAAUGUAAAUGAAUGUAACCACUGACUAUAAAUCUCUUUAGUAGCCUAACCGACCAUCAUAGGUCAGGCUUUUUUCUCUUUAUCCAGAGCAAGAUACAUUCCAUUGUAAAUGUUUACAAUGAGAAUGGUUUUAUUUUUGUAUUUCCUAUAAAUAUAUAAAUGAUAUAGUUGAGGUAUUGUGUUUUAAUUGUGCAGAGAACAUUUACUAUAAUUGAAAGUCAACCAAAACAUGAAGAGCAUUGACUUUUUGGAAAUGAUACUAUUCUUUCAUGACUUUUUAGCACAUAGAUGGACAUGUACGUUACCACAACACUAUGAAACAUAGGAAGUGGAAAUCAGUGCAAAUGACAACAAAGUAGAGUUGUGUAAUAUUAAUGGUAAACUGUAUAUGGUUCACCAUAUAUGCCCAUCCUUUGUUGUUAAUAAGGUGACUGUGUAUAUGCCAUUUAGGAAACAUCUAUGAGAAAGAAGAGAGAAUGGAAUUCAUUUGUACAUUGUCCAUAGGGUCUGUCUGCUUGUCAAUGCCUACUAACUAAAGUAGAUUUAUUGAUUUAUCCACUUGUAAAAUAGAAGUGAAUAUAACAUAUUUUUUACGUACGUUAUGUUUUGUAUCACAGCCUAUAACUGUCGUAUCAAUUUGAUUUAUAUUAUGGGGUAUUACUUAUUAUUUUUAAUUAUUGUAUCGAGUUAUAUUUUCCAUUUUCGAUAGUUACUAUGAAUAGUAUUAUAUUUAUUAUGGUGAAUAAAUUUCACAUUCAUGGA